GCUCCUCGGGAUUUCCCAUCUGUGAGGGACGGUGGUUAGCUCACACGGAGCACGGGACCACGGCCUUCGGAGAACCGUGGACACUGCACUGUGGGGACAGGUCGCCCAUUUUUGAGGAAAACCGGGGUGAAGGUGGGAGGGGGAGGCCGGGCCAGGUGCGGCCCCGCCCCAAACGGGAAGAGGGAGGGCCCACCGUCCAGGCGGGAGAUGGGAGGGGCCGACGUCCAGCCGGGCGGGGGCCGGCCCUCCCCACGGAGCCAGGUGUGGCCCCGCCCCAGACCCGUUCAGACACGGACUGGCCCGGGAGCGUGAAGACGCCUCGGAGUGGGAAUCCGGGUGCGUGUGCACGGCCGGGCCAGCCCGGCCAGAUGGCCCAGCGGGGCCCGGCACGGGAACCCCGGCCCCCUGGGUGGCGGUCUCUGCCAAAGCCAAUUGUGGCCUGGCUGUCCUUUCUCUGGUCCCAGGCGGCCCCGGGUGGAUUCCUUGGAGAAAGUGGCAAGGCCGGGCAUGGCCGCAGUCUGGCAGCAGGUGCUGGCCGUGGAUGCAAGUUCCGAACACAAUACAUCCGGCGCCGGAGCCAGCUGCUGCGAGAAAAUGCCAAGGCAGGGCACGAACCUGCCUUUCGAAGGCAGUACCUAAAGCUGAGGGCCCAGCUGCUGGGACACCGCUAUGGGCCUCUGUCGGAGCCCGGGAGCUUCCGAGCCUACAGCAACAGCGUUGUCCGAAGCAGCCGAACCACACUGGACCGAAUGGAGGACUUUGACGAGGAUCCGCGUUCACUCGGUGCCCGUGGCCACCGGCGCUCAGUCAGUCGUGGAUCCUAUCAGUUGCAGGCCCAGAUGAAUCGGGUCAUCUACGAUGAGAGGAUGCCAGGCAGCGUCGUGCCCACGUCAGUGGCAGAGGCCAGCCGGGCUAUGGCCGGGGACACUUCGCUGAGCGAAAAUUACGCUUUUGCCGGGAUGUACCACGUCUUUGACCAACACGUGGAUGAGGCUGUUCCCAAAGUCCAAUUUGCUAAUGAUGAUCGCCACCUGCUAGCUUGCUGCUCCCUGGACGGCAGCAUCUCGGUGUGCCAACUGGUACCCGCCCCCCCCGUGGUACUGCGUGUGCUCCGUGGGCAUUCGCGUGGCGUGUCGGACUUCGCCUGGUCCCUUUCCAACGACGUCCUCGUCUCCACGUCGCUGGACGCCACCAUGCGCAUCUGGGCCACGGAAGAUGGCCGCUGCAUCCGCGAGAUCCCCGACCCGGAUGGGGCCGAACUGCUGUGCUGUACUUUCCAGCCAGUCAACAAUAAUCUCACUGUGGUGGGCAACGGGAAGCACAAUGUGCACGUGAUGAACAUCUCCACGGGCAAGAAGGUGAAGGGUGGCUCCAGCAAGCUGACUGGCCGAGUGCUGGCCCUGUCUUUUGAUUCCCCCGGACACAUCUUAUGGGCUGGGGACGAUCGGGGCAGCGUCUUUUCCUUCCUUUUUGACAUGGCCACAGGGAAGCUGACCAAGGCCAAGCGGCUGGUGGUACACGAAGGCAGCUCCAUCACUAGUAUCAGUGCGCGUUCCUGGAUCAGCCGGGAAGCCCGUGACCCCUCUCUGCUCAUCAACGCCUGCAUCAACAAGCUGCUCCUCUACCGGGUGGUGGACAACGAGGGCACUUUGCAGCUGAAGAGGAGCUUCCCAAUCGAUCAGAGCCAGCAUCCUAUUCGAAGCAUCUUCUGCCCCCUCAUGUCCUUCCGCCAGGGAGCCUGUGUAGUCACAGGCAGCGAGGACAUGUGUGUCUAUUUCUUCGAUGUGGAACGGGCCACCAAGGCCAUCGUCAAUAAACUGCAGGGCCACAGCGCCGCCGUGCUGGAUGUCAGUUUCAACUGCGACGAGAGCCUUCUGGCCUCGAGCGACGCCGGCGGGAUGGUCAUCGUGUGGAGACGCGAACAAAAGUAACCGCGGCCCGACCCGAAGAGGGGCCCGGGGCCCGGCACCUGGUCUCGGUGAACCGAGGACAGGCGUAGCGAUAGUGGGGAGGGAUGGGGAGGACCGAGAUGAACUAGCAUAGACGUCGAAUUUUGUAAAUAAUAAAAGUCCGUGUGUGGUGA